CUAGUAAAUCCAUCACUUUUAUUAAUCAAGGAAAUUGUUGUCUGGAACGAUCUUAAGUGGUUAAAGACUCUAAUCAAAUAGGAUAAUAUUCAUGAAGGGGUUAAAAUCUUUUUGCUUAAGAUGAUGAAACAUGGAGCAUCUAUAGGAAUUUGAACCCUUUACACAGCUGCUUUUGGCAAGUGGAUAAUUAUUGGUGUUGGAAAUUUUCAUGCCACCGUCCUUAUUAUAUGGGAUAUGGCUUUGCUAACUAUGGUCGGGCACCGGAUGCAUUGCCAUCUUUGGCAGCUAUCCGGUCUCAGUCGCGUUUUCUUGGAUUGCCAGCUUUCUCCUCUUUUGUUGGUUCACCAUCAUCUCUACAGCAAGGAAGUGACUUCUGUUUAUCUCAGGUUUACCAUCAACAAUCACAGUUUGAGGAAUUGGCAUUUUGGCAGUCAUUACAGAAGCAGCAAAAUAACAUAGCGCUGCCAGGCAGCCUCCAUUCUGAGCCACCACAGCAGCAUUUCAGAUUCAUUGAGCCUCUAAAGCCAUCACACAAGCAGCAUGUGGAGCCACCUUGGACAAAACAUUGUCAGUUUGAACAGCAGCAUCUCAAUUCCGCUGAAUGUCCACUGAAGAUAGGAAACCUACAUUCUCAAGAAGUUCUUUAUGCCAUCAGCCCCACACCACAUGAGUCACAAUCACAGCGGUUAGUUCUUCCCAGCUUGAGGAUCAAUGAAGGAAAAUCUGUUAGCCAGAAGCCUCCAUUAUUUAGUGGAACACAGUAUUUCCCUGGAAGACCUUCUUACAUGGGGAAGGAAAAGGGAUAUGGCUCUGCUGCUUAUGGUCAGGCACGAGAUGCAUUGCCGUCUCUGCCAGCUAUCAAGUCUCAGUCACUUGUUCUUGGAUUGCCAGCUUUCUCCUCUUGUGUUGGUUCACCAUCAUCUCUGCGGCAAGGAAGUGACUGCAGUUUAUCACAAAUUUACCAUCAACAAUCACAGGUAGAGGAAUUGGCAUUUUGGCAGAAGCCACAAAAUAACUUAGUGCUGCCAGGCAGCCUCCAAUCUGAGCCACCACAGCAGCAUUUCAGAUUCAUUGAGCCUCUAAAGCCAUCACACAAGCUGCAUAUGGAGCCACCAUGGAGCAACCAUUGUCAGUUUGAACAGCAGCAUCUCAAUUUCUCUGAACGUCCACUGAAGAUAGGAGACCAACAUUCUCAAGAAGUUCCUCAUGCCAUCAGCCCCACACCGCAUGAGUCACAAUUACAGCGGUUGGUUCUUCCGGACUUGAGGAUCAAUGAAGGAAAAUCUUUUAGCCAGAAGCCUCCAUCAUUUAGUGGUGGACAGGAUUUCCCUGGAAGAGCUUCUUACAAGGGGAAAGAAAAGGUGACUUCAUUUUCAACUGAUGUAGAAAACUUAAGUUCAGAGCUGGAGUUCAUGCAUAAGCCUCAACCUGUGAGAAGUGAUGUUACAUCAGAUAUAGAAAUUGAGGAUCCAACAAGGAAUUCCCUAAGGGAAUUCAUGGAGGUGCUAAAAGAUUGUAGCCCUCCAGGAGCAGAGAUUGCUGAUCCAUAUGGGGACUCCAUUGGGCCAUUGUUUGAUAUCCCCUACUUUUCCAGAGUCACCUGUUCUUCUGGCUUCUCAGGUCCUGCUAGCAGUUUGAAGAAUUUCCCUUCACCCUAUUGUGCAAAGGAUUUGCACUCUAGAAAAGGCAAACAAGUACUGAACCCAAACAAGAGAAGACGGAUUUAAAGAUUCGCGAUCCUCUAGCUGGUAAUAAGUUCUACCUUUCUUCUGGUGGACAUAUUUUGAAGCUUUUUGGAACCAUUAGCCCCCAGACUUUUAGUGCUUGUUCAAAUAAAAUGAAUUUUCUUUGCUUUAAAACUCUGUUUUAGCAAUUUUCUGUGUUUUGUGAAACAUUGUCCAUGUUUUCAUUGGUCAUGAACCCUUGAACAAGGCAAGAAUUUCUUUUAAUAGAAGUCCUAAAUUUUGAAGGUCAAA